CAGAAAAUCUUUUUUGCUACAGAUGAAGACCUUUGAGUCAACUGCCAUCAUUGACCUGUUUUCCAUACAGGGCGUUGCAGAGGUCAUCUCCUGGAAUGAAACAACAAAUGAAGCAAAUUACUCUGUGAUCACUGAGUUCAUUUUUCUUGGACUCUCCAAUUCUCAGGAACUCCAGAUUUUCCUGUUUGUGUUCUUUGUUGUUUCCUAUGUAGGAAUUGUGUUUGGAAACCUUCUGAUUGUGACAACUGUGGCUUCUGACUCCAACCUUCACUCCCCCAUGUACUUCUUGCUGGCCAACCUCUCAGUCACUGAUUUGUCUUUAUCUUCAGUCACAGCCCACAAGAUGCUUAUUGACUUUUUCAAUAAAUGCAAAGCCAUCUCUUUCAAGGGGUGCCUUGCACAAAUAUUUCUCCUUCACUUCUUUGGGGGCAGUGAGUUGCUGAGCCUCCUAGCCAGGGUGUUUGACAGAUAUGUAGCAACCUGUAACCCCUACAGUACUACAAUUAUGUGCAGCAAUAUAUGUAUUGGAAUUGUGGCUGCUGCAUGGGGAAUUGGCUUCCUCCACUCAGUGUGCCAGUUGGCCUUUGCAGUGAACUUACCCUUUUGUGGUCACAAUAAGGUUGAUAGCUUCUGUUGUGACCUUCUUAGGGUAAUCCAACUCACCUGUACAGGUAACUACAGGCUAGAUAUGGUCAUUGCUAACAGUGGUGUACUCACGUGUUCUUUCAUCCUCCUAAUCAUCUCCUACACUAUCAUUCUAAUGACUAUCCAGCAUCACCCAUCAAAUUGGUCAUCCAAGGUUCUGUCCACUUUGACUGCUCACAUCACAGUCAUUCUUUUGUUUUUUGGACCAUGUAUCUUCAUUCAUGCCUGGCCAUUCCCCAUCAAAUCAUUAGAUAAAUUCCUUGCUGUAUUUUAUUCUGUGGUUACUCCUCUCUUGAACCCAAUGAUUUACACACUGAGAAACAAAGACAUGAAGACUGCAAUGAGCCAACUGAGAAAAAUGAUUGUGAAUUUUAGGUUAAAGGUUUAG